GCCAGCUGUUGCGGGGGGCGGCGGGCCGGCAGCCGGAGUCUGGGGAGGGGGAAGCGCCGGCGGCCGCCUCCGCCACUGCAGCUGCAGCCCGAUGUCGCCGCAGUGAUCGGGCCCCGCAGACCCGCAGCCUCAGUACCGCAGCGCGGAGCCGGAGCCCGCGGGCCCGCAGGAUGGCUGUAGCCCCUCCAAGUUACUGUUUUGUGGCGUUCCCACCACGUGCUAAGGACGGUCUGGUGGUAUUUGGGAAAAAUUCAGCCCGGCCCAGAGAUGAAGUGCAGGAGGUUGUGUAUUUCUCUGCUGCUGAUCAUGAACCAGAGAGCAAGGUUGAGUGCACUUACAUUUCCAUCGACCAGGUCCCCAGGACGCAUGCCAUAGUGAUAAGCAGACCCGCCUGGCUCUGGGGGGCAGAAAUGGGAGCCAAUGAACAUGGAGUGUGCAUAGCCAACGAAGCCGUCAGCACCAGGGAGCCAGCUGCUGAGACAGAAGCCCUGCUGGGGAUGGACCUGGUCAGGCUUGGUUUAGAAAGAGGGGAAACAGCUAAAGAAGCCUUAGAUGUCAUCGUCUCCCUGUUGGAAGAACACGGACAAGGUGGGAAUUACUACGAGGAUGCAAGCUCCUGCCACAGCUUCCAGAGUUCAUAUCUCAUUGUGGAUCGCCACGAAGCCUGGGUGCUGGAGACCAUAGGGAAGUACUGGGCUGCCGAGAAAGUCACAGAGGGAGUGAAGUGCAUUUGCAAUCGGCUUUCACUCACCACUAAGAUGGAUGCAGAGCAUCCUGAACUCAGGAAUUAUGCUCAGAGUCAAGGUUGGUGGACGGGAGAGGACGAAUUCAAUUUUUCUGAAGUUUUUUCUCCAGCUGAUGAUCACCCAGACUGCUGUGCAGGCAAAGACAGCUUAGAAAAACAAGAAGAAAGUAUCACUGUGCAGACUAUGAUUGACGUCUUACGGGACAAAGCCAGUGGAGUCUGUAUAGACUCCGAAUCUUUCCUCACCACAGCCAGUACAGUGUCUGUCCUGCCUCAGAAUAGAAGCUCACCGUGCAUUCACUACUUCACUGGGACCCCAGACCCUUCCAGGUCCAUAUUCAAGCCUUUCAUCUUUGUCGACGAUGUAAAACUUGUCCCCAAAGCACAGUCUCCCUGUUUUGGGGACGACGACCCUGCCAAAAAGGAGCCUCGGUUCCAGGAGAAACCAGACCGCCGGCAUGAGCUGUACAAGGCCCACGAAUGGGCCCGCGCCGUCCUCGAAAGAGGCCAGGAGCAAGGUCACAAGCUGAGGAAGACCAUGCUGGAGCUGGAGAAGCAAGGCCUGGAAGCCAUGGAAGAAAUCCUGGCCAGCUCUGACUCCCCGGACCUCGCCGAAGUGGGGGAUCUUUUCUAUGACUGUGUGGACACGGAGAUUAAGUUCUUUAAGUGAAGUAAGCGUUCCCUUUCCCCCUUCUUAUUUAAAACGUCCCACCUUACUAAAUUACCAGCAAAACAAACCACUCUCUGUGCGAGUAAAAUGAGAAAGCUGAGAUGUGGCCUCCUUUUCUGAAGCCAGAUCGAACUGCUCCCUUGUGUCCUGCCUUGAAUCUCAAAGCGUCCCCUUCUUCUGCAGUGUAGGCCCCUCCCCCUGCAGUGUAACCUGUAUCCCGUUUGCCUGUUGUUCACUCGUGCGACUAACUGUGGAUUUAAGCUGCUAUUAUUGUAUUUCAGUGACAAUGGACACAUUAGCCUUUUACGGAGGGAGGACUAGAGUUCAUCAGGCCUUGAAAGACAGGCCCCGCAAUGCCGAGUUGGCGGGAAAAGCAAACUCUUGUGAAGUCUUAGUCUCUGUCUCUGUAGUGGUUUCUUUCAGGUUCACAAAAGGCAUUUGUCUGCACACACAGGGCUCUUGUGCGUGGAGCUGAGGGAGAACCUGCCUGGCCUCCCUUAACUAUAGUGCACAGUGUCUCCAGAGGUGUCUUUUGGGGGACAGAACCGACAGGAGGGAGUAAAGGUGGCUCCUCUAAUCCCAGAUCCUUCCCGAGUCCUGUGAUCCGGAAGAAGCUGUCUCCCCUGCACUGUGGUAGCCCCACGGAACCGGUCCGCGUGCAGGAGGGCUGGGCGGCUCUGAAAGCUGGAACCACCCACUUCAGAGAUUCAAAACCACGCUGGUGACUUCCACAAACCACCGUGUGGAUCACCCAAAAGGCCCAGCUGCUCUGUCUACACGGCAGCACAGCUGCCCGGGCACAUGGCCUCGUGUAGAAGUGAUUCCGGGUCUGUUCCCGGCAUCUGGUCUGGGAUUAAUGGAGCGGCCCUGUGGCAUAUAUAGUUCUUUCCACUCCACAAGGCUGUGAAUCUCUCUGCUAAUGAGGGAAAGAAAAGCAGGGACUCUUGGCUGUUUAGAUGGCAGUUCAAAUAGCUGGGAUCUGAGCAGUCACUACAUUGGCUCAACAGAGAGACUUUAAUUAAACUGAUUUGUUUCCAAUGUCAUGUUCACUUAAAGGAUUUGACUUUCCACCAGGGCAUAGAAAAGCAUGUGAAGAAGACCAGAUGGGCUCAGCACUGGGAAGAACGAGGGCAAGGAGGCAACAGAUGGAGGUGGAAGCGCCUCUCUGCAGGGUAGCUGUCCACCCCCACGCUUCCUGCCCCGCCCGUGCGUCCACAAAUCUGUGCACUGCCUUCCCUGGGUCUUUCCCCAUAUCUUCCUAGCUCAUAGUUGCUGUGUCUGCUCAGACUGGUAGCUGAAGUGGACAGGUGGGGGGCACUGCCUUUAUCUGUCGAAACUUCCAACGCCUCCAGACACGGGCAGAGUUGGUUAGCAGAAGUGGAUGUUAACAUAGCAGCCAGCGGGAGAGCACCGUUGGGCCUAACCCUGUUUCGUCUUUCUUGGCAGGAGUGUGCACAUGGAAACAUUGUGAGUGUCUGUAGUCUCAGGAGUGACUUAGAGGUAGGUGGUCACUCUUCCUCAGCAGCGGUGUCCCAGGCCACGAGAGCUGGAGGGGACCCAGCCCCUCAGUAUGCAGGUGUGAACGCUAAGAUCAGAGGUUUUAUCAGAACAAAUAUUUUUUUCUACCAACUCUCUAAGAAGGUGGUAUAGGAGUACCGUGAGCUUUGUGCUCAGCAGUUUUGUAAACUGUAUGUAAAAUUGUUACCCACAAAUGGUGAGAUGUGGGAAGAAUAUUUCAGCUGAAAAAGUUAAGGGCAACCAAUAAUGGUGGUUUGUAGUUGCUAAGAGCUUUGUGCAGGUUUGGCCGGGGCUUUUGCUGUUGGUGAAUUCAGGGUCUCCUCGUAGGUGGCGUGGCCAUUCCGAAAGGGUGAGGUUCAAGGGCGAUGCAGCUACCUACCUCCUCCCAAGCCCACCUGCCGAGUGGCUAUUUAAAGCAAGAUGAUGUAGAAAGCCACUCUUAAAUUUCACUGCAGGGUUUCAGCUUGACCUAUUACGGAAACAUUUCAUUAGACCUGACAUGGCUGAGACAACCAAGGUGAUUCAGGGUUUGAUCGAAAGAAGUCUGGUGAGAAUAAACCACGCAGAGGCUUGCUCUCAUUCCUGUGGGCCACACAAAGGGUAUGGAUAACCCUGCCAGCUUUAUGGUAUUACCCAUUCGUGCAGUGGGAAACACACGGCUACUUCUGUUAGGGGACACUGACCCUGGUCAGGCAUCUCCGAGAAGGGUCAAUUGAGCGUUGUCUUGGCUGAUACUGUACACAGUUGUGAUGUCUGGUCUUACCACUAGAGGGUGUGGCAGCCCUUGGUGGCACAGCCUAGCAGACAUUAAGCCGGGCGUGGAUGUGGUCUGUGUAGAGUCAGAACUCCAAUAAUGGCAGUGGGAUGGGUAGGGAAAGGCAAGAAGAGAGCAAAAAAUUCUCCUAAUGUGGCUGUACUCACUUUGAGUGACUUUUAUUAUAAACAGUUGGAAAUAUGUUGUAGGAUUUUUGGCUGUUGUAGGGGGAAUUAAAAAAGAAAACAAAUAAUAGACUCCUGACAUUUUGCUUUGGAAAAAAAUGCUUAUUACAUGGAUAAUUUCUCGACCAGGGAUUGCUCUUCUGAAGGCAGUAUGGGGAAAUGAACAUUCAAGAGGAUAUAUGGAAAUAAUGCUUAAAGGUCACAAUGUGUAAAUAGCAUCCUAGAAUACCAUUUGUGUAUCUGUUCAGACUUGAGGGGGGCUGUGCAUGCUUUGUGCAAAGGAAGACAUGGCCAUACAGAAUGGAAUAUCUCCCCUACCCCGCACCCCAUAAUCAAACACAAGCUUCCUAGUCUGGUCUAGAAGGUGGGAUUUACCAUAGGCAUAGACAGCCCUAACACUCAAGGGCAGAGGCUCCAGUGAAGGUAACUUAGCAAAGCAGAACUCAUACUAUUUCAUUCUUGGAGGUGCUUUGAAACUUUAGGUAGAAUAAAGAUAUAAUCGAAAUUAUGGAGAUUCUUUAGCGCCCAAUAACAUGAGACCCAGGGUUGUUAUUAGAAGGAGGCUUUCUGACAAGCUAACAGAGCAGGGGUAUGACUAUUAGAUCUUAGCAGUGGAGUUCCUUUAUUAUUGGGUGAAUCAUUAGGUAUAAAACAAUAACUAUCAACCAGGAAAAUUUCUAACUGAAGUCAUCCCAAAUUGGUACAGGUGUUGUACAACUCUGGCUGGCCCAGCAGGGAAGCCAGGUGGGGACAGGGUGUCUGUCAUGAAACCACUAACUGCAUUCUUGACUGAAGAGCCAUCCAUCAUUUGUUGGGAAGGUCUUCAGCUGAGCUCUUGGCUGUAGGAAGGAAGCACACAGAAGAGGGAGGGAGGGAGCCCACCUUGCUAGCCAUGCUCAUGGAAGGGAGAAGACCAGCAGGUCACCCACAUGUGCUGCCUCAGGCUACCUUAUGCUUCCUGGAUCCUGGAUGUGUGGCAUUUCAUUCAACACGGUCCUAAGUCCCAGCUCCUCUCCUGUGGUUUCUGUCUAAGUGUGCUUUAUCUGAUUAACUCCAAACAUCCUUAAAUGUCACCUGCAGAUUUCUCAUGGGAACCAAUGUGUACGUGUUUGCAAUCGUGUCAUGAGAAUUUAAAUGUGUUAGAUGUAAAAUGCUAUUGGCAGGGAAUAAUAAAAAAACAUCUUUCUGUUUCCUGCAGUGGGAACUGACCAUGUAAUCUUAAGUCUUUUGUACAAAUAUCUACAAACCAGAUAACGUCCCUAUCCAGUGCUUGCCGUUGGAAUUGUCUCUAAAUGCAUCAAACAUACGAUAAUAAAAUACUGAAAUUAA